AUGGGUAACGUUCCAGCAAAGCUCGAUCAGGAUGCUUCUAGUUAUACUGGUCGAUCGACCUAUACUGAUAGUUCAUCAGCAAGUGGAGUUGGAGCCUUUAGAGGAGCAGGAGGAACAAUGGAUGAGACGAGGGCAAGGGGAAGGCGUACAUCUUCCCUUGUUGGUAAUAUACUGAAUGGCCCUACUUCCUCGAGAAAUGACCCAACCGGGGAGGUAAGCAAGAAACAAUUAUCAGCCGCCAAGAAAAGGGGUACUAAGGAACGAGAACUUUUAAAGGAAGAAAACGCCAAAAAAUUAGUUAUAAAAUAUAAUGAAACAGUUGAUGGUGGUUAUCUGGCGCCUCAUGGAUGUUAUUCGCUAGAUAAAAUGGAUUACGACAGUGACAUAGUACGCAAGUUAAUAAUUGAGAGAAAGCUUGCACCUUUCUAUAUUCCGUUACAAGACUUUGACGAUAGCUGGACUAAAGAUGAAGUCAAAAAAAUUGUGGAUGCACUUCCUCUUCAUGCACCAUUUAAUGAACAUGUUGAGGAGUAUGAAGACGUUCCAGUAGGUGAUUUAAAUGAACCUCAUUUUGAUUAUCUGAUUGACAAGAAACUUUCUAAGAAAGAGCAAAAGAAAAUGCAUGCCUUAAUCUUCAAGGCUCGUUUGUAUAGGAAGCGUUUAAGAUGGCAAGAAUCAGAAAAUAAUGCAUAUUUGGAAGAGAAGUUACAAAAUAGAGACAAUGAUAUUCCGAAAAACAGUUUUCUACCAAAUGACGAUCUGAAAUAUGACUUAUAUGCACAGGGCUCAGAAUGUCCAAUCUGUUUUCUAUAUCUUCCAAUGCCACUAAAUUAUUCUAAAUGUUGUCAACAGCCAAUAUGUUCUGAGUGCUUUGUUCAAAUUAAAAGGAGUGAGCCUCACUUUCCACAUGACGAAGUGGAUCCAUCACAACCUCAGAAGGAUGAGAACGAGAAAGAUCCAAACUUAUUGAUUUCUGAGCCAGCUAAUUGUCCAUAUUGUGCUACGCCUAAUUUUAGUAUAACGUAUACACCGCCUACUGGUAGAAAAGUUGGCAUAGGGGGGCAAGCUCCAAAUCUUUACAAACCAUUAGGCACUGCUGGAAACGCCCCACCAACGUAUACUGUAAGUUCUGAUGAUAUUAGACCUGACUGGGAAACGAAGCUAAAUAAAGAGAGGGUAAGGUUAGCUAGGAGGUCCGCUAAUGCUACCGCUAUUCAUGUAAGUAAUAGAUUGAUUGGUCCUCAAAGAACGGGCAGUUUCGCUAAUGAAGACUCACCAGGAGUAGCAGGUUCGACAGAUAGUAGGUCUGCUGGAGUCGCAAACUCUACACUAGAAGAGUUAGAAAAACAAAUGAUUGAUGAAGCUAUACGAUUAAGUCUCCAAGACGAAAAGAGAAAGGCGAAAAGGUAA